CUGACCGUCAUGCACCGUGCGCUUAAUCAACGUCCCCAAAAUGCAUAGCGCGUCGUCUGGGUACGAGCUUGGGGUAAACGCCUCCAAGCAGGCUAUUGUCUCUCGGAUUAAGUAACAUAGCAAGAAUGGAGCAAUAUUCAUAUUACAUGACUAGCGCAGAGAUAAGCUCUAUUUACAUAUAAAUCGGCUUAUUUCCUAUGCAUAUAUGGAUACAGAUCAGCCUUUACUCAGGAUUUUUAUUUGCGGUUCUCAUAGCGUCGGGAAAACAACCCUUGUCAAGCUUCUCGCAAGGCAAACACAAAUUCACGACGAGGCCGAGGUAGCGCGCCGCGUUAUUCAUAACCUCGGUUUACACAGAGACGACUUCGAUCCUGAAAAGAAUCCCAAAAGGUUUCUUAAAUUACAAGAGGAAAUCAUCCGUGAACAGUCACGGACGGAGCAAAGAAACUCUGAAUGUUGCAGGAGUUAUAUCGCUGAUAGAGGUAUUGACCCAGUGGUUUACGCAGCAGAAUAUUUAGGUGAAAAGGAGGCGGAUUAUUUACUGAGUCUCGCAGAAACACAAGAAUCAAUAGCAAGGUACCAGACAUCGUUAGUAUUCGUCAUCAAGCCAUUCCCAGAAUGCUUUAUGGAGGAUAAUGUUCGCCUGAGCCCGCGUAUUGAUGAAGCGGUGGCCUUUACUGCGGCGAUGGAAGCGCUCCUGCACAGACUCCAGAUCACGUACACUCUGAUAGACGUCCUUGAUGUCCAGGAACGAGUAAAUAUCGUGAAAGAAAAGAUUGCAGAGUGGAGAGGGUCCUAAGAAACCCUAAGACGGUAAGACAAGAUCGCAGGGUGAGAUCAGGGAUAAGAUAUCAUAGAAGAUAAAAUAUGAGAACUAAUGCAAUCAGAUAUAUUGGGAGAAAACAUUGAUUCCAGGUUGUGGCUAUUGGCCGAGGAUCGAACUAACAAUUUUUCGAUGAAAAGAUAAAUAAAUGUAGACCAAACAUUCAGACGUGCUCUCAUCAUCAUUUGGAAGCCUAAGCUUUACGUCUACAGGGGAUUUCGGCCCCGACACUGCUCCCGUGCGAACUGUGCAACCUAAAGGCUCCUGAGGCGGACCAUGCAAAGUAUUGAGGUUCAUCUGGGCACCUUGCAGGGGUCCUAAAGCCUUGUCGUAAUCGACAUGCAUAUGUGAUGGGCUUUUGAAAAAUGAGUUUUAGAACACUCCAAACGGUUGCCUGCGCCUGCCAGUCAAACUAUUUGGCACUCUUGGUAUAAGUCCGGCGUAGCCCGGAUUUUUAACAGGAGGGGACUUUCAAGGCAUUUUCUCCUUUAUUUUAGAUAAUUUCUUAUACAUUUACUGUAUUUUUGGCUGCUAAAAGGGAAGGGGGGGGCUUGGCCACCCCGCUGGCUACGCCCCUGUGUCAGAAUAAAAGGCACGAUCCACGGUCCAUCAGACGUCCUCCCUGCUUCUUGCUUUCUGUGCUUUGAGUUUGUGCGUAAGUUUGUAAGUUCUUUUAUUGAAAAAAAAAAAAGACGCAUUUUUAUGUUAAUUAACCAUUAUUGGAUUUCCAAGAUAUUAUCUUAACUAUUUAUUAUGGUACACCACCUAAAACUUUGAAAGGAAUCGCAAUCUUUACAACAGUGUCAACAAUUUUGUCAAUAAACCCGAAAAAUCCUCCA